CUGGCGCUCACAGGUGCAAGGAGGAGGGUAGCAGUGGCAGUUUCACCGACUCUCGUCCUCCAAUUAGAGAAAGCUGACAUUAUCACGUGAACAAAGCCGUGGUCUAACCAGUUGAGGGGAAAACGGAGAGGGAGAGAGACAGGGACUGACUUGACUGGAGGUAACAUUAUCGGGGACUGGAGCAAGUCGGCCACGGCGCACAGCGGCUCACCUGUCCUGGGAGACGGGCGGUGCACUGGAGACGGAGAGGACAGCAGAGCAGUAGGUGAAGUGCAGGAGUUGUUGCUGUCUGGCCGGGCGUCUGUGGGGAGCGCAUGAGGAGACCCGUCCCAGCUCAGGCCCCACCCAAACACGCACCCUCACUGGAGAGAGAGACGCAGGAGCACGCGCUGUCUCCACUCCUGCUGCAGUCAUGAGGUCCAUUCGAUCGUUUGGCAACGAUGACCGUCACGUCAUGGCCAAGCACUCCACCAUCUACCCGUCGUCAGAGGAUCUGGAGGCGGUGCAGACGCUGGUGUCCACCGUGGAGCGCGCCCUCAAACACGUCUCCGACUGGAUGGACGAGCUCAACCACACCCAAACCGAAGAGGAGGACGCCAAGACGGAGGACUCUGCCGAGAGCAGCACCAAGGAGCCGAACGGGGGCGUGCUGUGCGGCGUGAUGCGCAUCGGGCUGGUGGCCAAGGGGCUCCUCAUCAAAGACGACAUGGACCUGGAGCUGGUGCUCAUGUGCAGGGAGAAGCCCACUGAGACCCUGCUGUGCACCGUCUGCGACAACCUGCCCCUGCAGAUCCAGAAAUUGACAGAGGACAAGUACGAGGUGCAGCGCUGCAUCCCAGAGGCAGCCAUUCUGGUGCACAACACCAAAGACCCCAAGCUCAGCCUGAAGGUCACCCUCACCUCCCCGCAGAUGAGGGACGAGUACAGCAAGGGAGACGAAGUAGAGAAUGUUGAGCUGAAAGACGCGUCCGACGUGCUGGACCGGCAGCGAUGCCUGGUCGCGCUGGCGUCCCUCCGACAUGCCAAAUGGUUCCAGGCCAGAGUAAACGGGCUCAAGUCCUGUGUGAUUGUGCUGCGCAUUCUCAGAGACAUGUGCAACCGGAUGUCCGUCUGGGAGCCACUCAAGGGCUGGCCCCUGGAGCUCGUCUGUGAGAAGGCCAUCGCCACGUGCAACCGGCCGCUGGGCGCGGGCGAGGCCCUCCGGCGGGUGAUGGAGUGCCUGGCCUCGGGCAUCCUGCUCCCAGGUGGGCCAGGACUACACGACCCCUGUGAAAAGGAGCCCACGGACACGCUGACAGCCAUGACGGCAGAGCAGGCAGAAGCCAUCACCUACAGCGCACAGCACGCCCUGCGGCUCCUGGCCUUCGGGCAGAUUUACAAGGUCCUGGAGAUGGAUCCGCUUCCCUCAACCAAACCCUCCCAGAAAUACCUGUGGUCAGACAAAGAAGGAACAGGGCUGAAGAGGCCGUACGAGGACGGAAACAUGGACGACAAAGACCUCAUCAAGAAGAUGAAACGCAACCUGAGAAAAGUCCUCGACAGCAAAGCAAUAGACACCAACCAGCCGAUGAACGCGCUGAUGCGGCUGAACCAGAUCCGGCCGGGCCUGCAGUACAAGCUGCUGUCGCAGUCCGGCCCCGUGCACGCGCCCGUCUUCACCAUGUCCGUGGACGUGGACGGCACCGUCUACGAAGCCUCAGGGUCCUCCAAGAAGACCGCCAAGCUGCACGUGGCAGUCAAGGUCCUGCAGGCCAUGGGCUAUCCCACCGGCUUCGACACAGACCUGGACUCCAUGAGCGCCGACGAGAAGUCGGACGGGGAGGGGAAGAGCGAGACGUCCACAAACCCCAGCAAUAACACCACAAACUCCACCACAGACAGCUCUAACACACUGGAGGUACGAACUCAGGGUCCCAUACUCACCGCCAGCGGCAAAAACCCAGUGAUGGAGCUGAACGAGAAGCGCCGGGGGCUCAAGUACGAGCUCAUAUCGGAGAGCGGGGGCAGCCACGACAAGCGCUUCGUCAUGGAGGUGGAAGUGGACGGGCAGAAGUUCCGGGGGGCGGGGCCCAAUAAGAAGGUGGCGAAGGCCAGCGCUGCCCUGGCCGCUCUGGAGAAACUCUUCUCCGGACCCAAUGCCGUUGGCAACAAGAAGAAGAAGAUCAUCCCUCAGACGAAAGGGGCCAUCGCUGCGGCCGCCUCCAUCGCUGCCCAGGCCGCCCGGGGCCGAGGGCGGGGGGCCCUGGCCAGAGGAGCGUUCGUUAGCGCCGCCGCGGCCCCUGGAUACGUCACACCAGGGUACGGGACCCCGUACGGGUACAGCGCUGCUGCAGCUCCAGCCUACGGUGGUCUUUUCAUUGACAAUCCCUUUUACCAGCCGCGGACCAUCGCACCUUUUAUUAUUCACUUGGGUCCUCAAGAUCUCUUCUCUGACUUCUAGAACCAUCAGGUUGUGUGGCUCUAAAUGCUCGUACUGCUCCCGGCCUGACCGGGCUGUCUCCACUGCACAGAACAGUCGAACCCGACUCACUUGCCACAUAACGUAUACCCCUUCAAAGGAAAAAACAAAAAAAAAAAAAAGCAAUACUUUAUUUGACUUCAGCUGGAACAAAAAGGCUGAACUUGGUCUUUAUUAUAUAGCAAUACACCUGAUCUUUUAGCUUAAAGCUUACUUGAAACAAUAUGAAUGUUUGAGUCUUACCCAACACAGCACUGCAAUAUUUCAUUUCAAUUGUAUAUUCACUCUGUGUGUGUGUAUGUGUGGUUAUACUAUAAAUAUAUACAUAUAUAUUUAUGGUAUAUGUUACUAUAAAUGCAUAUGUAUAGAAAUAUAUUAUGUACGUAUGUAUAUAUAUAUAAUUGGUAUAAAUUAUUUUAGAAUUGCAAAGUGAAAUGUAAGCAUAAUCCUAUAGCUUUCUUCCAAUUUUAUAUACAGUAAGCAAUUUAAAUAUUAAAUAUUCUGUGUACGUGUGAUAUGAAACACUUUUCUGAAUCUACUGGUAGUGACGGUCACAGUAGUGUAGUGGCGCUUCCUUUUCUUUGCCUUGAGCAGCGUGUCGAGGUGCCUCGCCACCCCUGCGCCUCUGGCCCUGUGCCGGGCGUGUCGGGUGGGCAGAGGCCACCCUCCGACCCGAAGCCCUUUAACGUCACUUUCUGUUCGACACCACACACUUCCUGUUUAACUUCCUCUCAGAAAGCACACCCCCCCCGGUGCACCCUAGCACCUAUUUACACACAAAAAAACAAACCCUACCGCUUGGUUCGAAGAACAGGUUUACUGGGCAGCUAGUGUACUGAAUCACCUCGGACCUCGGUCCUUCCUGUCCUCUGGGUGUGUGACGAAAAGCACAGUGUCUCCGCUUUGAAGCUGGCACCUUGACCGCUCCGCCCCCCACCUCUGCAGCCCCGCCCCCCACAACUGCAGCUCCGCCCCCUCCCCCCGAGUCCACUGUCCGCACCGCUCAUGUCUUCACUGCUCCAUUUCCCAGCAUGCCGCCAGAAUAUCUAUAUACACGGCCUUGCGAACUCUGAACAGAGACAAACAGUCUUGUUUCACUGGAAGGGCAAAUCACAGGGGGAACGCCACCAAAAUUUGAGCAUUUGAUACGCUCUGAUCAGUGUCUCUUCAGAAGGAGUAUCCCAUCUUUCGCAAAUAGGAAGUCUGCAUGGGAACAUGACUUGGUGCUAAAUUAGCUCCCAAAACUUCUGCCUUUGCCAGUCUAAAAUAGACUGGCCUCAAUCUACCCUAAGCUAGAUUGCACGUGUGCGGUGCUGCCAAGCUCCUGUUACAGUGUUCUGCUCCUUUCCAAUGUAGAGUACAUUUUUGGCUUUCUCGAGGUGUUCUAGUCAUCGCAUGUCAAGUGUGUCCAUGCGCAUUUCCAUCCGACUUGGCACGGCAUCUUCUUCCAUUGGCUUGUGUUCCCGCCCCUCUGCUUACAUCAUGGGAUCUUAGCUCAUUGUUUAAACGUUGAAUGCAGCUGCGGUAUGCGGUACUGCGGAUCGACUCGCACACGUAACAGUCUGGCAACAUGGCCGCCUGUCUUGAUCUUGAAAGCAUCCGUUCCCUCUGCUGCCUGGUUGCGGUCACUCCUUAUUUCCAUUCUGUUUUCCAUUCUGUUUCUCUCCUCUCUUGGCCUGUCCUGCUUUAAUAUGCUUGACUUGUUGGUUAUAUUAAAUAAGAAAAGAUACUUUAAGGUGGUCCAGUUUGCUUUGAAAAUAAAGAGCAUAAAUUUUAAAUAACAUGCAGCAUGUUAGGAAAAAAAGUACCACUUCCGAAAAAGUUAAAUAUAGAUAUUUUACCCCUUAAAUUAAUAAAAUGUCAUGAACAAUGUAACAUUAACUCCCAAGACUUGCCUCUGGAAGGUGUUUAGUUCAAUAAGCCAUUUAUCAAAAUCCUGGUGUUGGGAGACUCUUGAAAUAUAACUGCAUGCAUACAUUUUAGAUUGCACAGGGACAUGUGCGUCUGCUCUGUGCGACUUUAAAAAACACCUCAAUACGAACACUACACACCAAACCGCAGAACAUGACCUGAGGCUGGCUUAGCCUUCCUGCUGAGGUCACAUGACCAACCGAUGUUGGUUAAAUAAACCAUUUUCCCAAAAUAUGUGUACUAUCCAAUAAAGAACGUGCACGUAAUUGAAUAAUAUUCAUGCAGACUGCCAAAAAAACCAAUAAAACAAGCAUGGGUAGAAGAGCCUUGUAGAGCGCUAUUCUGUUCAUCAGAAUGACCUCAUGAACGUGUGUUCAUUUGGAGUUCCGUCAAAUGUCCAUUUGGGAUUUGAAAAAUGUUUUAAAAAGACAAGCUGGUUUUGGGAUCCAAGUCCUAUAUUAUAGGGAGUUGAUCCACAGUGAAUAAGAAAACACUCUUUGAUAGAAUGAUUAAGUGAAUGCCAGAGGACUUGGCUCUGUUCUUGAUUGGCUGAUGAGCAAACUGGACCAGUUUAUUGAUGGACAUUUAUACAUUCGCCACAAGACAACAUUGGACAUCGUUUUUACACAUACACGCACUAAAUUUAUUUGAUUUUGUUCACCUUUAAGUCACCAAAAAUGUUUUAACUGAAACAUUUGUCUUUUGCAAAUAUAAUAUAUAAAGUAUAUAUAAUUAUAUGAAGUCAUUGGACAGCUUCUUAAAGUAUUCCCCCAUGAAUUUACUAAUUUAUUACUUGACAAGCAGAAAAUUUACAUAUCACUUGAAAUGUGCAUUAAUUAGGAUUUUAUAACUAAUUGGAGCUGGAGGUCACUUUUAUAGGGUGGGGGGAUAUAUUUCAUACAUGCAAGCAAAUAUUUUCCCUGGGGCUUUUCCCUCUAAUCCUCCCUUGGGUGCCUUCUAAAGAUGCAAUAAAAUACAAGUGAUAGAGUUAUUAUCCAUUCAUUUUACACAAACCUGUCCUGACUCUUAGCCUGCAUUUGUCAGCCUUUCAAAUUUAACAGGGUAUUUUCACCAAAGUAAAGGCCACUACCUUAAAGAAAUGUAGGCCUAAUUAAAUUAUUUUAUUCCAGAAGCCAGCUCUGUCUGUCUCUUAGAUACUUACCUCUGGAAAUGAGUCCUAUUUGAAGUAAAAUUUUAACUGGAAUUCUAAGCAGAAAUAGUAAUCCAGUAAUUUUACAUUUUAAGCUGUAAUUUUUUGGCCUUAAAACAACAUUGAGACAUUACAGACCUCACACACUGACUCAAGCACUUCAUUAUGUAGAGGAUUGCCAGUCAUUUUUAAUGUUUUUGUGUUCUGAAUGUUUUUCAUUUUCAUUCAUGGAAAAAUUACCAAAAAAAGAACCUCAGAUUAUAAACCUUGCAAGGUGAAUGAUUGACACGUGUAAGAAAGAAUCAUAGGUAAGUUUGACAGUGGUAAGUCUUCAUUUUUUUCUACCAAUUUUUGUGAUGGAAGUAACCUCAGAAAGUCAUGCAUUCCUCCUUAAACUUUAAGUAGCCCAAUCCUGUAAAUUUCCACCAUUAAUACCUGUGCUUUUUGUAUUUUUAGAUAUAGACCUAAUUAUACACACUAUUGUUAUAUAAAAGCCUCCUACCCACACUGAAAGUGUUAGCGCUGAAUGCAUGAAUACUUCAUGACAGACUGACAGCUGUCAAGCCACAGAGGAAACUCACUUCCUCACUGGAAAUGAGAAAAAAGGGAUGUGAUCUUUGCAUUACUUCCACUGUAAUAUAACAAUGCAACGCCAGUUAUUAAAUCUUAGUCACUGAAUGUAUUUUCCAAGUCUUCCAUUUAUCCUAGUGGUUUUAAACCAUGGCCACUUCUCACUGCUCAUAGCCUGUUCGUGGGUGAAUGUUCGCUUCGUUCUGAAGCGGAUUUACGUCAGUGUCAGGAAUAAUGAUUCCCUCAGCGUGAAUGAUGUCCCCACAUUCCAAAGUCAGUGUGCACACGGACACUGAGCCUGUUCAACCAAAGCUGUUUGUUGUGGUGGGGAGAAAAAAAAGGCUUUAGAACUUUGCAAGGGUGGUCAGUGUCCAAAAUGACCUGUUUCUACUGGGUUCUUCCCUUCAUGGAAAGCCAUAGAGUGCUCAGUACAGUGAUAAAGAUGGUGACCUCACCUAGUCUGCAUUGGGUGAUGCAGAAGACUUGGACUGGGCUUGAUACAGCCAGCGGCUGCCUGAACAGUGCACGCUGCUAUUAAAACUGCACUUGUUUGCACAGUCGCCUGUGGAGAUGGUGCCAGAUGCUAUAGACCAUACAUAAUAUGUGGAGAUUGAGGAAUAAGACUUUGUCUGCUUUAAAGAACGUUAAUUUUUGAGGACAGAUUUUAAUUUAUCUCAAAUACGGGGGACACAAGCCAUGCUGAUUUUUUUCUUCUGUUGUGCACCGGUGGCUUGGUAGACGAGGAUUAAAAUCGGCAAUGUUGGAUAAGGCCUUUGCUUGAAACCUAAAAAUAACACAAAAUCCACAACCCUGCCACAAAAGCUGCUGUUAAUUUCUCAUUGUGUCCGCUGACAUAAAUGACAUGCUUGUGCACUGAAACAGAGCCUUUGGAAGCAUCCAUUGUGGCUCUUAGUCAGAAACCCUCUCCUAGUGAACCCCCUUGCAUCUCCCGCCAGACAGCUCAAACUGACAGAAGUCUUCCAGGACUUGAGACACAAGCACAAAAGCCACAUUAGCAAUACUUUACUCAGGGCCACUGAGCACACCGGUCUCUUGAGAUCAGUGUGCAACAAACCUAUACCCUCUUACACACAUUGUAUGAAUAUGUGUAUGGGAACAGUUGGAGGCAGCCAUAUGUAGAGGGGCUAUAUAUUAUUAUUUAUGGUUUCAUUUAUCGGUGUAUUUAUUGGAGACCGUCUUGUUUUUGUGCUAGCCUAGUUUUCAUCAGCAGUCUCUGAGCAGUUGGCAGCUUCAGGUAAGAGUUUUAGACUACAUUUCCGAGAAUCCAUCCCCCCAACAUCCUCAGAAUGGAACUGGUACCCUUCAAUCUGCAGUGACAUGGAAAUUUGCCAGGGCCUAUUUUUCUCUUGGCACUGCGGCAAUUUACAUCCCAUGCCCCACUGCCCCCCCCCCGCUGCCCCCUCAAAAUCUGAAACCUCCAAAUUGGUCAGAAAGACGAAUAAGCAAAUGUUCCCACGUCUCUGAGGAAAUGACCUACGUAACCUUUCCUGUCUGGGUUUGCCAUUUCAGUGAUCAGUACAUCACACACCGCUAGAAAACCAAGAUGGAAGAGUGCAUACAUAGUUAUUCCAUUUUUUUCCUUCUCAUUCACUAUCCAGAGGUGCAAAUAAAUGCCACACACCCGUUACUUAUAAUAAUUUCAAAAACCUUUUUCCCCCCAUCCCACCGGCUGGGAAAGUACCACGCUGCAUCACAAAUAUAUACCAGUGAGGGGACUGUCGAGUGUGCGAGGGACUGGGCACAAGAGAGCCGGAAAUUCAGUUUGUGCACUCGGAGCACAAGUGCUGAAAUAGAAGGGGCUCCGGUUUCGUCCGGAGCGAGGCUCGUACGGUUAACUGCUGAACGCCGCGUUUUCCUCAUGUUUGCGCCGUAAGCAACAUGUGAACUGGAGCACGGCGAGCGGGGGACGGCGUCAGGUAUGUCAAGCGGAUAGACAGGAAGUAGGACGCGUGCUGGAGAAGCUGAGACUGGGGCCCCCGGUCCACAGUGCACACACUGGUUUAGAAUGUACACUGUCCUAGUAGAAUGUAUAACCGCUAGAAGAGCUACUCGCAUUUUUAUAGACACACACACACACGCUGUACACACAUAUCUUUUAAACUAAUUUUGUGACUCUGUUGGGCAUGUUAUGCCCUUUGUUUACAUUUUUUUUUGUUCAUAAUAUUUUAACUUAAAUGAAGUAGUCUCGCGAGGGACUCCUCUGUCGUGCUGUAAAUAUUAUUCCUUGCAGUUUCAGACUGUAGGCGAAAGCAGCCAGAGAUCUGCGGUACUUGUCUCGCACUUUUACUCGUUACAUAAAAUGAUACCAAGGAAAGUUCUUCGAGAUUUUAGUUUGAAAUAUUAAAAGAAUACAUCCAAUGUAAAAUGGUGGUUGUGCACAACUUCUGUGAGCGAGCUGUGCUUUAGUAGAAGCUGAUUGAAAUCACUGCAGUAGAUGUUUGCUAGUUCUGUGUUAUGAAAUUAAUAAGUAGCAAAAAUCACCAUGGUGAUUUGUUUGUCACUGUAUCUGCCAUAAUUUAUGCUUGAAAAUAAAGUGCUGAAUCUCUUAUGUGUCAAACUUUUCUUAAAGUGAGGAAAUAAAUGCAUAAUCUUACUUA